CAUGGGUUGGCUGGUUGGUUGCUUUGGUUAUUCGUUGUGUCUUUCUCUGAUCUCUGAUCUCUGAGAGCUCAUCUCUCUUUCCACCAAUGCGGUCUCUACCUAUCAACCGACUGCCGACUUCACUGUUUAAGUCUCUCCCCCAUCAUCGUCGCGCGGACUUGAUGGGGCCAGUUGGUUGACGUUCUUGAUUGAAAGUGAUCUGAGCCUUAUCAUUAUUUACCCCUCGGCUGUGGCAUGACAACAAUUAGUUAAAGACGUUAAGCCAGCAACCGUUGUCCCUUACCUAGUACCGCCCACGCCCUACCCAAACCCGCCCCCGGCUUAACAUCAUGAUGCGAUCAAAGGACCCUCGAGUCCGCCAGAGGAUAAAUCAAAUCUCCCACAACCUUGAAUCCGCAAACGAGACAGCCCAGGAGGGCCUCUACACCUUCUCUCACAACUAUAUCCUGCCGUGUUUCACGGCCAUCGGCAACUGCGUCUACAGCUGCACGGCACCCUGUCUUCCGACCCGGGAGGACCAGCUGCGUCGGCGCCGACGCGGCCGCGCGGAAGCGAACUUUGACUUCUAUGACGAUUGGGACAAUGAGGACUCAAAUGCUGGACUGCUGGGAUGGGGCACCGAUGAACUCGACCGCCUGCUGGCUGGCAGUGGUUUGGCCCGUGGCGGUGCCGAGCAGCCUCGCCGGCAGAGACGGAUGAGCUACGGGACGCGGCGUGUCCGUCGGAAGAGCACGGCUCUGGCCCAAGAUGAACGGAAUGACCCAACCGUCAUCCCCAGCUCCUCGUUCCUGGGAUUCCUCGAGCGGUUCCCCUGGCGCUUCGGGGCGCGCGGACUGAAAUACCGUCCCUCGGCGGCGGAUCUGCAGGAACAUCCGGCGGGGGGACUGCGGAGGCACGUCUACGAGGAUGAGCCGCUCAUGGAGGCCGCCGAGGAUUACGAUGCCCAGCCGUCCGGGAGCAAAGGCCGGUAUCGGAGUUCGACCCAGUCGUCGCGGGAGACCACGAACUCGCUGAGUUCGCGCGGGGAUUUGAUUCCCAGCGAUGACGAAGAGGAUGCUGUGCCGUUGGAUGAUGAGUUUGCCAUGGCGUUGGGCAGCCGUCGAGGAACGGGAUUGGACUCGAUCGACAUGAUCGGGGAUAAGCCGGCGAGCAUGCGGUCCGCGUCCGGAACGUUUAGUCUGGGGACCACCAGUUCGUCCAAGGCCUCCAAGAAGAAGCAGAAGAACCAGCGGAGCAGCCGGCUUCGUUCCCCGCAGGAGUCCUACGUAGAUAUCACCCGUGAUGAUAGCACGCCUUCAUUGGCCGAUCUCAAGAAGGAGGAGGAGCAGGCGGCGUAUGAAGAAGAAUCGGAGAUUGCACGGAAACGGCUGGCCGCACAGCAGUUGGCAUCGAACCGUGGUCUUGAUCAUCAGGUUACUUUCUUCAUCGGCGAAUCAUGGCACGUCAUCAGAUGUAACCCACCAAGACACUCACCAGUCCACGCCUGGGUCACCAGCAGAAGACCCUCCUAUACGAGAUCAUAAUGGUCGUUCUGAAUCACGGCCACUGUCCAUAACAACCGAAGACAAUUCACAAACCGAACCAUUCCCGCCUUUCCCUACAACACCUGAACCCCACGAUACGAUGGUUGCAUCACCAAAUAGCGGCUCCCAUGGCCAGAACAAUGACCAUGAUUCAGCAUUAGCCACUGACCCUAAACCCCACUGAACAUGACUGCUUCAAGGUUGUGCUACUCCCAAUGCUAGUCAAAGGACAGACUGUCGCCCAUCACGGUUUGCGGGUCAAACCUUGGGCACUAGGUUAAUAAUUCUUUGCCACAUACGCAGUUACUCAAGAUUAUCUAUAGUAUUAGUGGAAUAUG